AUGACCUGGGCGGCCGAUUUCUACCGCUAUGGAAGUGCCGCCUCGGCCACGCGUUUGGCCUUGCGCGAUAUGUCGCAGACACCGCAGGUGGUGGAGCGAUUGAGGCAGAAGGGUUUCUUGGAUGACGUCAAGGAAUACACCGUUGCCAUCAACGCCGUCGGGCGCGCGGGUGCCUGGAACCAGGCCGUCAGCCUCCUUCGAACGUUGCUUCAGAAAGGUCUCCAGCCAAACGAGAUUACCUUCGGGGCGUUGACCAACUGUGUGCCAUCUUGGGCCACCGGUCUCUUGCUAGUAGACGAGCUCGUGCGACGAGGGCUUUUGUCGGCUGUUCAUGUGACGGCAUUGAUUCGCGUAUGUGCAGGGUCUCUGGAGUGGGCGAGGAGUUUGAGUCUCUACCAGGCGUCGCUAGACCAUCGUGUUCGGCCUGAUGCGCAGUUGAGUGGUGCUCUCAUCGCAAGUUUGGGACGCAGCGAGAAAUGGGCUGAAGCUCUUUCUGUUCUGCAGGACUCCAUAGGGUCUUCAAGCACCAUUGCAUUCAAUGCAACCAUCUCGGCCUGCGAGAAGGGGAACCAGUGGGCACAGGCCGUAGCAGUCUUGGAUACCAUGACGGCUGUGAAAGUGCGAGCAGACACCAUCUCCUUCAGUAGCACCAUUAGCGCCUGCGAGAAGUGCUGGCAGUGGGAGCGUGCUCUGACCCUACUGUGCCAGCUACAGAGGUGCCGGCUAUUCCCGGAUACCAUAGCCUGCAGCGCUGCAAUCAGUGCGUGCGAAAAGAACGGUCGUUGGCAACAGGCGCUGGCCAUUUUGGGGGCGAUGCUGGAAGAGGGGCCUCACGCAGACCUAAUCAUCUUCAGUGCUGCAAUCAGUGCUUGUGAGAAAGGGCGCCGCUGGCAGGAAGCGCUGCUGCUCCUCAGGGAGGCCCUGCGGCGGUUCAGGCCUGAAAUUACACCUUACAAUGCCGUGAUCAGCGCCUGCGCAACAGAAGGGCGCUGGCAGCUGGCGGUCCAGCUCUUCUCAGAAGCCUUGCAUCUGUCAGUGGACGUCCUUACUGGCAGCUCCGUGAUCGCAGCGUGUGCACAAGCAAGCGAGUGGGAGCCUGCCCUGCAACUGCUCAAUCAACUGCAGCAGCAGAGCGUCGAGUUGAACAUCAAAGUCUACAAUGCAGCAGUUGCAGCAGCAAGUGGACAGCCCUUCGUGGCGCUGCAGAUUGUGGAGGAGAUUGAUGUUGCAAGGCUGAUUCCAGAUAUUCUCACGUACACCCCUGCAGCAGAAGCCAUUGCAAACGUUGGAAGUCUUCACUUGGAAACUCUGUAG